UUAUUAAUUUUAUGGCUUGCUAAUGAUGGUGCCAUGCUGAGAACUUGUUCUGUUCUUCAUCUUUUUCUAGUAUUAAAUUCAGUUCCGACUUUUUACUUACUUUUGGAUCUACAUUACCUGUUCAAGUGCAAUUUGGUUUAUAGCAGAGUAUCUCUCAAAUCUUGAUCUUAAUUGAAAUGUUAAACAAAAAUCUCUGUAUACAGGGUUCUAACGCGAACAUCAUUAUUGGUUCUGAUGUCUGGGUUGAAGACCCAGAGGUCGCUUGGAUUGACGGGCAAGUGUCAAAGAUUGAUGGAAAGGAAGUUGAGGUCCAAACCAGCCAUGGGAAGAAGGUUGUUGCAAAUUUGUCCAACGUUUUUCCCAAGGAUAUGGAAGCUCCUGUUGGUGGAGUGAAUGACAUGACCAAGCUGUCAUAUCUGCAUGAGCCUGGGCUUCUGCAAAACUUGGAAACCCGAUACCAACUAAAUGAGAUAUAUACUUAUACUGGAAGUAUUCUCAUCGCCAUUAAUCCUUUCCAAAGACUUCCUGACCUCUAUGAUGGUAACAUGAUGGAGCAAUACAAGGGAGCACCAUUUGGGGAACUGAAUCCUCAUGUUUUUGCAAUUGCUGAUGUUGCAUAUAGGGAGAUGAUAAAUGAGGGCAAAAGCAACUCCGUUCUGGUCAGUGGUGAAAGUGGAGCUGGUAAGACAGAGACAACUAAGAUGCUCAUGACAUACCUCGCCUAUUUGGGAGGACGUAAGGGCACCGAAGGGAGAACAGUUGAACAGAAAGUCCUAGAAUCAAACCCUGUCCUUGAAGCAUUUGGGAAUGCAAAAACUGUCAGAAAUAACAACUCCAGUCGUUUUGGUAAAUUCGUUGAGAUUCAAUUUGAUAACCAUGGGAUAAUUUCUGGAGCAGCAAUUAGAACUUACCUCCUUGAGAGAUCACGUGUCUGUCAAGUUUCAGAUCCUGAGCGUAAUUAUCAUUGUUUUUAUCUACUUUGUGCAGCACCACAGGAGGAAGUUGAUAAAUAUAAGUUGGGAAGUCCACAAUCAUUUCACUAUCUAAAUCAAUCAAACUGCUAUGAUCUUGAGGGUAUAAGUGAUGCUCAUGAUUAUCUUGCCACCAGGAGAGCUAUGGAUAUUGUUGGAAUAAGUGAAAAGGAGCAGGAAUCAAUAUUUAGAGUUGUGGCUUCAAUACUUCAUCUUGGCAAUAUUGAAUUUGCCCAGGGUAAAGAAAUUGAUUCAUCAGUUAUAAAAGAUGAUAAAUCUAAGUUUCAUCUUGAAACAACAGCAGAACUCCUCAUGUGUGAUCUUGUUGCCCUAGAAGAUGCAUUACUUAAGCGCGUGAUGAUCACCCCAGAAGAAGUCAUCAAGAGAAGUCUUGAUCCCAUUGGAGCAGCAGUAAGCAGGGAUGGUUUAGCCAAGACAACAUAUUCCCGUUUAUUUGAUUGGUUGGUGGACAAAAUUAAUAACUCUAUUGGCCAGGAUCCUACCUCAAAAUCUUUAAUUGGGGUACUUGAUAUCUAUGGAUUUGAAAGUUUUAAAACUAACAGUUUUGAGCAGUUCUGCAUAAAUUUUACCAAUGAAAAGCUGCAGCAACAUUUCAAUCAGCAUGUCUUCAAAAUGGAACAAGAAGAAUACACAAAAGAGGAAAUUGCCUGGAGCUACAUAGAAUUCGUUGACAAUCAAGAUGUUCUUGAUCUUAUUGAAAAGAAACCAGGAGGAAUUAUUGCACUGCUUGAUGAGGCUUGCAUGUUUCCAAAGUCAACUCACGAAACAUUUUCGCAAAAGCUUUAUCAGACAUUCAAGUCUCACAAGAGAUUUAUCAAACCAAAGUUGUCCCUUACAGACUUUUCCAUUUCCCAUUAUGCUGGUGAGGUUCAGUAUCAAUCAGAUCAAUUUCUUGACAAAAAUAAAGACUAUGUUGUUCCCGAGCAUCAAGAUCUGCUGACCGCAUCUGGAUGUCCCUUUGUAGCAGGGCUUUUCCCACCUAUUCUAGAGGAAACAACAAAGUCAUCUAAAUCGACUAAAUUUUCAUCUAUUGGUUCUCGUUUUAAGUUGCAACUGCAGCAACUUAUGGAAACUCUGAAUUCUACAGAACCCCAUUAUAUUAGAUGUGUAAAGCCAAAUAAUCUUCUUCAACCUGGUAUUUUUGAGAAUGUGAACAUCAUGCAUCAGCUACGUUGUGGAGGUGUUCUGGAGGCAAUUCGUAUCAGCUGUGCUGGAUACCCCGCUCAGAAGACAUUUUUGGAAUUCCUCAAUAGGUUCAGUUUUCUUGCUCCAGAGGCAUUGGAGGGAAACAAUGAUGAAAAGCUUGCCUGCAAGAUGAUUCUGGAAAAGAUGGGGCUAAGUGAUUUCCAGUUAGGUAAAACAAAAGUUUUUCUGAGGGCUAGUCAAAUAGCUGAUUUAGAUGCACGAAGAAUAGAAAAGCGCAACAUUGCAGGAAAGACAAUCCAAAGAAAAGCCAAAUCCCACAUUGCUAGAAGACAUUUUCUUUCAAUUCGGGACGCUGCCAUAUGUGUUCAAACUUUGUGCAGAGGAAGUCUUGCAUGCAAGAUAUACGGGGACAUGAGGAAGGAGGCAGCGACCCUUAAAAUUCAGACAUAUUCACGUAGGCACCAGUCAAGAUUUGUUUACACCCGACUCAAGUUCUCAGUUCUCAUCUUGCAGAUGGGCUUAAGGUCAAUGGCUGCUCAUAAUGAGUACAGGAACAGAAAGCACACUAAGGCAGUUACUGUUAUCCAGGCCCAUUGGCGUGGUCAUCAAGCUUCUUCAUACUACAAGAAACUUAAAUGGGCAUCAAUUUUUACACAAAGCCGAUGGAGAGGAAUAAUGGCCAGGAGAGAGCUUCGGAAACUUAAGAUGGCUUCAAGAGAGACAGGAGCACUGCAAGAAGCAAAGGAUAAACUUGAAAAACAAGUUGAUGAGCUCACAUGUCGUGUACAGAUGGAAAAACGUUUAAGGGCAACUGACAUGGAAGAGGCAAAAGCACAGGAGAUAGAAAAGUUGCAGGAAUCCUUGCAAGCUAUGGAAUGUAAAAUUCAGAAAAGAAAUUCCCUACUUUCCAAUGAUUGUGAAACUUCACACAAUGCCAUUGGAGACUCAACUUCUGUUGUAAACGAGACACCAAUGCUUGGUGAAGAUUCAGAAAAGAUUGAGAUGCUAACUGCUGAAAUAGAAAGCUUAAAGAUUGUGUGCAGUUACCAAGACCUUGUUCGAAACCUGGUUAUACAGGAUAACCAGGCUAUUUUGCAAUCUGAAAAACAUCGUGCUGAUGAGUCUGAAAAGAAAUAUUCUGAAGCCUUGCAAUCAUGUGAAGAACGGGGAAAGAAGUUAGAAGAAACAGAAAGAAGAGUUUAUCAACUUCAAGAAUCCUUUAACAGGGUGAUAUACUGCAUGUCAGACCAACUGUCAGAGCUGAAGAUUAUCUUGUCUACCUCAUCCAACUUGAGUUCAACUUCUGGACUUAUUGCUAGAAAUGACCGGAUUAAUAUGUCUACUGCUUCUUCUGAUACUACUUCCACUGACUCUGAUUUCACAUUUCCUACUCCUGCUCCAACUCCAGCAAAUUUUUCUUCUCUUAAUCCAGAUGCUUUUCAGAUGAUAGUUCAGGAUCUUUCAACCCCUGAAAUCUCAGGGGCGGAUAAUUGGGAAAGCGACAAGGAAGGGGCAUUUGAUGACUUCUUCUGA